ACUCAAAAAAUUGAAUCAUAUGAAAAAAAUAUAUAUAGUUUUAAAGAUAUAUAUUAUUAGAAAAAUCUAAUAAGUCCUUUUUGGGUUUCUGACGCACAAAAUCAAAUUACUAAAACACUCACGGGCUGUUGAACAUAUUUAACUGCUGCCCAUUGGGGGUGACUUUCUUUGAAUUUGGCUCUCACCGGACGGAACAUGCGCAGUGGCGCGGCGUGCUGCCUUCAGUCAGUGGAGCAGCUGUCCAGGAUUUGGAAUUCCAACAUGGCAGAGGCUGUGGUCAGUCUUUCCCUGACUAACUUGGAAUGGUUUCAAAUCGAGAGCAGCUUCGCUUGAUCGCGGCGAUUCCCGUGUUCGUCCCUGCGUUCCGCGGAUCGAUGGUCCCGUAAGCUGUGACUGCCCUGUCACCUCACACAGGCUUGAAGACAUGAUCACUAGCAGCAGUAUUUAUGGUCUAAAGAUGCAGUGGACCCCGGAGCACACACAAUGGGCAGAACAACACUUUGACAUCUCAUCCACUACCCGCUCCCCAGCACACAAAGUGGAGGCCUAUCGGGGGCACUUACAGCGAACAUACCAGUAUGCGUGGGCAAACGAUGACAUCUCUGCACUGACUGCCUCCAAUCUGCUCAAGAAAUAUGCAGAGAAGUACUCUGGGAUCCUAGAAGGCCCAAAUGAAAGAGCCCUGCUGUGUGCCUACUCCGAUAGCUCCAGUGGACUCGUGAAUGGACGAAAGUCGGAGAAUGAGUCCUGGCAGGAGGGGAUUUACCCAAUGAACUGUGCUCCAGAUGUUAUAUCUGUGAGCAAAGCUGGAAUGACAGCUGCCCUCCCCCCUACAGACGUGUCUGCGAGCAUAGGAAGCUCCCCAGGGGUGGCAAGCAGCUUGUCUGAGCCUAGCUACUCAAGUAGUAACUGUGGGAGUCAUCCAGCCACCACUCUUCAUUCGGGACUCCCCUCUCAGGAAUAUACUGCCAGUUACAAUGGCUCUUACCUGCAUUCCAGCUACAGCAGCCAGAGCACCCCUGCCCUCCCUUCCCCUCACCCCUCUCCUCUCCAGAGUGCUGGGCUUCUACAACCUCCACCACCUCCACCUGCUUUAGUGCCAAGCUACAAUGCUGGGUCUCCCAACCUUCCCAACUACAGUUAUCCUCCAACAGGGUAUGCUUCACAGACUGCCGUGGGUCCUGGUUAUAGCCCUGGGGGAGCACCACCACCACCUUCUGCUUAUCUACCGUCUGGCAUUGCAGCUCCCACUCCAAUACCUCCCUCCAAUUUGCCUGGAUACACCUACCAGUCUCAUAAUCACACACCAAUCACACCUACACCUUUGAAUGGCAGCUCAUCCAACUCAUUAAAACGAAAAGCUUUCUACAUGAGCGGACAUGGAGAUGUGGACUCAAGCUACGGUAAUUUCAACUACAACCAACAGCGCUCCUCACAGAGCCCUAUGUACAGAGUAGCAGACAGCAGUGUCUCAGACUCAAACAGGGGCACCGGCUUUGAAAGAAACUCCGAGCCAUCGUCUUUAGCUUUUAAGCCAACCAAACAGCAAUUGGCCUCUGAUCCACAAAGAAAAUUUAAUGUGCAUUCUGGCAGAGCGCUAACUCCUCCAUCUUACGGAUCAACCAAAAACUCUGCAGGAGAUCUAAGAACUGGCGAGCCCUACAGCAAGUUUGGGUCUCCAAUCAUGAGCGAGCAAACUGAUGAGCACAGACAGCACCUCUCCCACUCCCUUUCAGGACCUGAUUUAGGAACGGCUACCUCGUCCAUCCAUGCUGCAGAGGAACAAUUAAAGAACAGUGAUUCCAACCUGGUGGAAAUGAUCAACACGGAAAUCCUUCAGCAGGGCUCUCCGGUAGACUGGACUGACAUUGCAGGUCUGGAUAUGGCCAAGUCAACUAUUAAAGAGGAGAUACUGUGGCCUAUUUUGAGACCUGACAUGUUUAGCGGACUUUCCACAUUACCUCGGAGUCUGCUAUUGUUUGGACCUCAGGGAACUGGUAAAUCGCUACUGGCGCGCUGCAUGGCCAGCCAGCUGGGGGCUGCUUUUUUGCGGCUGAGUGGUUCAGCACUGGUGACCAAGUGGCUUGGAGAAGGAGGCAAGAUUAUCCAAGCUUCUUUCCUUGUAGCACGCUGUCGCCAACCAGCAGUAGUCCUAAUCAGCGAUGUGGAUCUACUGCUGUCUGGCCAGCUUACCGAGGAGAGCCCUAUAAAUCACCUCAAGACUGAGCUCCUCAUCCAACUCGAUGGUAUUCUGACCUCCGCAGAGGACCAUGUUCUUGUGGUCUGCUCCACCAGUAAGCCAGAAGAGAUACCCGAGACCUUACGGAGGUACUUCACUAAGCGUUUGCUCAUCCCAUUGCCUGAUGGAACCGCACGCCAUCAGAUAAUCAGCCAACUUCUCUCGCAGCACAACUAUUGUCUCAGUGACAAAGAAAUGUCAUUAUUGGUUCAGAGGACAGAGGGUUUUUCUGGACUGGAUGUAGUCCAGCUGUGUCAAGAGGCUGUCGUUGGCUCUCUCCAUGGCAUUCCUGGGGCUGACCUUCCCAGUAUCCAUCCCAGUCAGAUGAGACCAGUCGCGUACCAAGACUUUGAAAAUGUAUUUUGCAAAUUCCAGCCGAGCAUAUCUCAAAAAGAGCUUGAUGUGUACACUGAGUGGAAUAAAAUGUUUGGCUGUAGUCAGUGAAUGGAACCAGUCAAACACAGUUUCCUUAAAAUAUGAUAAGUAUAAACAGUGUUUGGUUUUUUUCAAACAAUAAGAAAACAGUGGUGAUAUCAGCAUUUUAUCUAGAGUUAUGGAAGCAAUCUGGACAUCACACAGUGUUACGUGCUUAUUAAAGUAAAUUUAAAAGGAUGCCCCACUUUUUUGUAUAUAAAUAUACAAAUAUAUAUAGAUAUAAUGCUGAUUUUGAGAUUUUGUUGCUAUCAAGUGCCUGAGAUGGUGCUGUUUAAGUUUCUUUUUGCCUCACAAUCUUCAUUGGUGGUGUGCUUAUAUAAAAGAGCUUUACAAUGUGAAACAAACCUUUGUUUUUUUACUGCAAAAGUGUUGUUCAGCUUUGUCUGUUUUGUGCUCUCCGUGAACUGUUGUGGUUAAUUUCAGCUGAGUUAAAUUGAUUGGCAGAAUUUUCCCUGAGCAUCAUUACCUUGCACAGGUUUUAUGUGUGCAUGUGAUUUAUUUAAUCAUAGCAAAAUGGACAUGCACAUAUCUUUAAAAUUUUAUUUGCAUUAAAGACUUAAAUUUGGUUGCAGUAGCCUUCGUAGGUUUGAGGAUAAAUUGUUCAAUGUGAUUUCAGUUUAAAUGAAUGCUCUCUAGAACUUUUAGCAUUUGUGAUGAAGAUGUGUUAAAAGCUUUAAAAUUAAUAUAUUUUUUAUUGCAGGAGGUUGAAAUAACAAUUACAUAUUUUUGCAGAUCCCAAACUAUAUUUUGAGUACAUUUAUUUAAUGAUAAGAAAUAAUAGUGUUAAAACCCCACUGCUAUUGAUGCUCUUUCAUAUAUUACUUUUUAAACCUCAUUUGCCAACAGGAGAGCACUAAGGGUGCGUUCACACUACAGCCUGAAGUGACCCAAUUCCGAUUUCUUUGGCAAUUCCGAUGUUUUUGCCGGGCCGUUCACACUGCCAGUAAAUGCGACCUGUAUGCGUUCUGCAGUGUGAACAGGCAAACGGCCUGAAAGUGU